AAUCAUGCCACAAUUACGGUUUAGCAUUGAUGUGCCAAUUGAAACGAAUGAACAGCAACCACCAUCCAGUCCUCCAGACAUCGGAUCGAAUGGGUCGGCCGCAAGUAGUGCCGUCGUACCGACGACACUUAUUGAAAUGUCAUUGAGCGCCCAAAAUCUAAUUAACGCUGAUGUUUUAUCCAAAUCCGACCCAUACUGUGUCAUUCAAAUGAUGAAUGUCGCGUGGCAGGAUAAAUACUGUGAAAUUGGCCGCACCGAAAAAAUCAAAGAUAAUUUAAAUCCUGAAUGGGUAAAAAAAUUCCUAAUCAACUAUAAUUUCGAAACGGUACAGAAGAUGCGCUUCGAAGUAUGGGAUCACGAUUCAAACGGAAACGAUUUUCUCGGUGAAUACGAAACAACGCUGGCGGACAUCGUGUCUAAUUCGGGAUCACAUCAAUUUCGAGGUAAAUUGAUACACAAAAGUGUACGUAAUGCGGGCACUCUCAUUAUCGUAACGGAAGAAGUAACUUCUUGUAAGCAAAACAUUCAACUACAAUUUCAAGCGAAGCAUCUCGAUAAACUGUGCUGGUUCGUACGAAAUGAUCCGUUUUUAGUGUUGUAUCGGUCGAAUGAAGACGGAUCAUCGUCACUAGUUGCACGUACUGAGGUCGCGCAUUCCACACAAAAUCCCAAGUGGGAAAAAAUAGCAACAAAGGCGCGCACUUUAUGUAACGGUGAUUACGAGCGUUCAAUCAAAAUUGAAUGCUAUGACAAUCGGUCAAACGGUGAUCACAAGCUAAUUGGCACGUGUCACACAUGCUUGAAUAUAUUAUCAAAGGGCCCGGGCGAGAACAACAGCUAUGCACUGCGCAAUCCGAAAAAGCAACACAAAAAAGAACAUUCCGGCUUUCUUGAACUGAUCAGCAUUAGCAUUUCGGAGGAGGUUUCAUUUUUGGAUUUUAUUCGAAGCGGAACUCAAGUACAUUUUGCCGUUGCCAUUGAUUUUACGGCAUCAAACAAACCACCCACAGAUCCACAAUCGUUGCACCAUCUAAAUCCACAGCGGCCAAACAGCUAUGAAAUCGCAUUGAACAGUGUUGGCGAGAUCAUACAGCAUUAUGACACAAGUCGAAUGUAUCCGGCAUUCGGUUUUGGUGCAAAAUUGCCACCAAGCAAUGAAGUUUCACAUCAAUUUCCAUUGAAUGGCAAUCCAGAUCACCCGUAUUGUUCAUCGAUUGAGGAAAUUCUACACCACUAUCGAAACACUUUGUCACAAGUGCAAUUGUUUGGACCAACAAACUUCUCUCCGGUGAUAAAUAACACCAUUUCCAUAGCCAAGCAAUACCAGGAUGGAAAGCAUUACUUCGUCUUGCUCAUCAUAACGGAUGGAAUUAUUUCUGAUAUAAAGCAUACGAUAAAUGCAGUUAUCGAUGCUUCAAAGUUGCCAAUUUCAAUUAUAAUCGUUGGUGUGGGAGAUGCCGACUUUGGUGCUAUGGAUGAUUUAGAUGCAGAUGACUGUCGCCUAUCGAUUAAUGGGCGCACAGCCGAACGUGACAUUGUACAAUUUGUGCCAUUAAAUCAAUUUCUAACCGGUCAACAUGUACGAUCUCAAGCUGAUUUGGCGAAAGCCGUUCUGAACGAAAUACCAGACCAAAUGACGGGAUACUUCAAAGCAAAGGGCUACAAACCAUCAAAUCCAUCAGAUAAUUCAAGUGUACAAACAUGAAGUGAUUUUACACACAUACAACACCCUCAAACCCAAAACAAACAUAACAGUUCACAAUUAUUAAGCGUUAUUAGGUCGAUCAAAUCGUCGAGAUGAUGAGAAAUUUAAUCGAUGUGCAUUUAAUGGCCUUUAAUUGUUUCAUAUACCAAAUACAAAGUCUAUAUAAAUUAAUAUACAUAUUUUUAAUCGAUUCAGAGAGACAAAAAGGAAUUUAGAUAAAACAAAAAUAAAAAGAAACUUUACAAUGUAGAAUUAGAAUUUUAAUGAAUACAAAUUAAUUGAACAUCUCGUCUCGAUUCGUUCGGGAAUUUUAUUUGUUAUGCAUGCGAAUAUCUUUCAAAAACACAGACUACUACUACAUUUAUAUAAAAUGAUAUAACUCGAUUUUUGGAUCACGUCGUUUUAUUCUCUCUUUUUUUUCCUUCUGUUGCUUUGUUACAAAUUUAUACUUGUAUUUUUUGGAAUAAAUAUUUACUACAUGCCAAAACCAAGAAGAAAAAAAAUCGCCCAAAUUGUUUAUUUUCCACCGCAUCACCAUUUAAUGUUCAAUGCUGUGUUCAUCUUUUCGACGGCAUGAUAGGUUGUGUGUAGCAGCGUUUCGGCUUUGUCGCUGUCGACACCGUCGAGAAACUGGUUGUAAAUUUGAUCUGUGUCGGUGUUUUGUACAUUGGAUUGCGGUAAUUUUUCAUAAAAUUCCAUAAGUUGAGCUGUCAUCUCGCGAACACUAUCACCGCUUCCGGGUCGAAUUUGAGCGCCGCCAUUCAAACAGCCCGAAGGACAUGCCAUCACUUCGACGUAAUGAUAAGUUGAUUUGCCACGUUUAAGUUUUUGUACGAGAUUUUGAAUGUUUCGAAAGCCAUUUGCAAUGGCAAAACUCAGUACAGUCUUUCCAUCGCGUUCAAGCGAUACUUCUCUGAAGUCUGGGUUUCGUAAGGCUUUGAAUUCCACUUUGUCAAUGGUCUCGUUAAACAAUUCUUUGGCAGCGUAUUUGAAAAUGUGCUCAGCAUACCCACCCGAGCCAGACGAUUCAUAUCCAUAGAUUGAAUGUGUUGGUGGUGCGGUGGCCAAUUUCCAUGGCCAAUCCAUGUUCACGGUAUUCUCAUCGAGCAACGAUACAUUCUCACCCGUCAACAUUUGCUCAAUCUCAAUCGAUGUGAUGACACAGUCAACGUCUCGUGAAUUGAUUGCCUCGUUAAAGAAAUCCUCACGUGAUGCUUCGAGUUUUUUGUCAUAGCACGGCAUUACAGUCACAUGAUAAAUGCGCUCCGCACCGACAUUCAACUGUUGCGACAAAUAUUGCUUCACCAACACACCCAUAAUUUGUUGCGGUGAUCGUGUUGUUGAGAUAUAAGGUAAGAUGAAAUUGCCGUGCGUUUUUUCCGCAUAGCAUACCCAGCCAGGGCAUGUGGAGCUUAGCAUUGGCAUUAAAUUCUGUGUUGAUUUGGCUGCAUCAUUGUUCAGUACAACUGAUUUAUAACGCUCCAUAAAUUCAUUUCGACUUUCGAUCAACGAUAAAUCAUCGGCAAUUUUGGUAUUCAGCACUAAAUCGGCACCCAGCCGUUUGAAAUAGCCCGUCAGACGCUGGGCAAUUUCUUCAAAGUCGGUCGAACCGUAUUUAUAGGCCAAUGAUAAAAUCGAUUGUUGUGACACGGUGAACACAACUGUUUUGACUUGUGCAUCGUUGCCAGCCGCUUUGUUCUCGUCAUUCUCUUUCAGCACUUUCAACACUUCUUCUUGACUUUGCUGCGUAAUUAAAACGCCUUCGGCCGAUGUAAUGCAACCCGAGCACGCCAAACAAUCGCCCAAUGUAAUUUCGACCUUUUGCAAUUUUGGCGGACGACUCAAGUCAAUAUCAACACCAUCCUCACUGAUUGUAAUUUUUGAGCCUGUUUUUGUUUUGCCUUUCCUAAUUUCAACGGGUUUGAUGCAUUCUUGCGACGGUGUGAUGAAAUCAUCUAAAUUCGUGAGUUGUAGCGCUCCACUAAAUCGUGACAUUUUUUAUUCGCUCUCUUUCGAUCGCUCGCUCGCUCGUUUGUUUCGAAAAUUUUACCGAUUACAGUCUAAACAGCUUACAAUACGGCACGACCUUUUUGGACUGUUUUAUGCGUAUGUUCGUUGUGCGUUAUUAUGUGCGAUUGAACAGAGACCACCUCAGAAGAACCCGAUGAACUUGAACUGUCAAAAAAUAAAUCAGCAAACAAAUAAAUUAGAUAUUGCACACACACACACACAAUCGAUACAAGCGAAUUUCAAUGGGUAAUUCAUACCAAUUAGAUUAAAAAUCAUGUACUUGAAGUCUAACAAGACGGAAUAAAUGUCGAUUUUGACGCGAUAAAAUCAGGGAAAAAUAAAAUACACAGCGCAAAAAUAUUAAUUCGUUCACACGUUUUCACGUUGCAAUGGGCUGUUGCUGCUGCUUAACGCCGAACAAAAAAAAAUUGAUUUCACAAUAAAAACACACGCAUAUGACUUGAACGGAUUUUGACAGC